CUGAAGGAGCGUGGUCCUGGGGCGGCCGGCGGGGUGGUCUGGCGUGACGCGCGCGAGGCUGAAGUGGUGGCUGCGGUCCUUAAUUAGUAAGCGAGUCCAGGGGAAUACUCGUCGCUGGGUUGGCAGGACCCGGGAUCCCCCAGUCGCCGUGGAGGCGUGGCGGCGAGGUCCCGGCGGGUCGGUGAGUGCGGUCCCUGGAGCCCCAGGGCCCCGCCCCUCCCUUUCUUCCGGGGCCGCGCCGCGCCCCCUUGAGCCCCUACUCCCGGGGCACUGGGUUCGCCGCGCCAGCCGCCCCCUCUCGCCUGCUGCGCAGGUCCUCCCUUCUGGCCCACAGAGGGGAAACUGAGACCCUCGGGGUGGUCUUCUCACCCGCGACUCCACUCACACCAUGGCUGAACCGCUGAAAGAAGAGGAUGGCGAAGACGGCUCUGGGGAGCCCCCUGGGCGGGUGAAGGCAGAGCCCGUCCACUCCACGGCCUCUGUCGUGGCCAAGAACCUGGCCCUGCUCAAAGCCCGCUCCUUCGACGUGACCUUUGACGUGGGGGAUGAGUACGAGAUCAUCGAGACCAUAGGCAAUGGGGCCUAUGGGGUGGUGUCCUCGGCGCGCCGCCGCCUCACGGGCCAGCAGGUGGCCAUCAAGAAGAUACCCAAUGCUUUUGACGUGGUGACCAAUGCCAAACGGACCCUCAGGGAACUGAAGAUCCUCAAACACUUCAAGCACGACAAUAUCAUCGCCAUCAAGGACAUCCUGAGGCCAACUGUGCCCUAUGGAGAGUUCAAAUCUGUCUAUGUGGUACUGGACCUCAUGGAGAGCGACCUUCACCAGAUUAUCCACUCCUCACAGCCACUCACACUGGAGCACGUGCGCUACUUCUUGUAUCAGCUGCUUCGGGGCCUCAAGUACAUGCACUCGGCCCAAGUCAUCCACCGUGACCUUAAACCCUCCAAUCUUCUGGUGAAUGAGAACUGCGAGCUCAAGAUUGGUGACUUUGGAAUGGCCCGUGGCCUGUGUACCUCCCCUGCCGAACACCAGUACUUCAUGACCGAGUAUGUGGCCACUCGCUGGUACCGUGCCCCUGAACUCAUGCUUUCCCUGCAUGAGUACACACAGGCUAUUGACCUCUGGUCUGUGGGCUGCAUCUUUGGGGAGAUGCUGGCUCGGCGACAGCUCUUCCCGGGCAAAAACUAUGUGCACCAGUUACAGCUGAUCAUGAUGGUGUUGGGAACCCCAUCGCCAGCUGUGAUUCAGGCUGUGGGGGCUGAAAGGGUGCGGGCCUAUAUCCAGAGCCUGCCACCACGGCAGCCUGUACCCUGGGAGACGGUAUACCCAGGUGCUGACCGCCAGGCCCUCUCAUUGCUGGGCCGCAUGUUGCGAUUUGAACCCAGUGCCCGGAUCUCAGCUGCUGCUGCCCUUCGUCACCCCUUCCUGGCUAAGUACCAUGACCCUGAUGAUGAGCCUGAUUGUGCUCCACCUUUUGACUUUGCUUUUGACCGUGAAGCCCUUACCAGGGAGCGCAUUAAGGAGGCCAUUGUGGCUGAGAUUGAGGACUUCCAUGCCCGACGGGAGGGCAUCCGCCAACAAAUCCGUUUCCAGCCUUCUCUGCAGCCUGUGGCUAGUGAGCCUGUGUGUCCAGAUGUUGAGAUGCCCAGUCCCUGGGCUCCAAGUGGAGACUGUGCCAUGGAGUCACCUCCUCCAGCACCACCACCAUGCUCUGGCCCUGCGCCUGACACUGUUGAUCUGACUCUGCAGCCUGCACCCCCAGCCAGUGAGCUUGCCCCACCAAAAAGAGAGGGUGCCAUCUCUGACAAUACCAAAGCAGCCCUCAAAGCUGCCCUGCUCAAGUCCCUGAGGAGCCGGCUCAGAGAUGGCCCCAGUGCACCCUUGGAGGCACCUGAACCUCGAAAGCCUGUGACAGCUCAGGAACGCCAGCGAGAGCGAGAAGAGAAGCGUAGACGGCGGCAAGAGAGAGCCAAGGAGCGGGAGAAGCGACGACAGGAGCGGGAGCGCAAGGAAAGGGGGGCUGGUGUCUUGGGGGGCCCCUCUACUGACCCUCUGGCUGGACUGGUGCUUAGUGACAAUGACCGAAGCCUGCUAGAGCGGUGGACUCGCAUGGCUCGGCCUCCUGCCCCCGCCCCAGCCCCAGCGCCGUCCCCUGCCAAAUCCACGAGUCCUCCCACUGGCCCUGUAUCCCAGUCCACUGGUCCUCCUCUACAGCCUGCAGGCUCUAUUCCUGGUCCUGCCUCCCAGCCCGUUUGCCCACCCCCUGGCCACGCUCCCCAGCCUUCUGGCCCUCCUGGACCUGUCCCUGCCCCACUCCAAACUGCCCCUUCCACUAGCCUUCUGGCCUCUCAGUCACUUGUGCCAACUGGUGGGUUGCCUGGCUCCAAUGCCCCAGAAGUUCUGCCUUACUUCCCAUCUGGCCCACCACCUCCAGAUCCUGGGGGAGCCCCUCAGCCUUCCACAUCAGAGUCACCUGAUGUCAACCUGGUGACCCAGCAACUGUCCAAGUCUCAGGUGGAGGACCCCCUGCCUCCUGUGUUCUCAGGCACUCCAAAGGGCAGUGGGGCUGGCUAUGGUGUUGGCUUUGACCUGGAGGAAUUCUUAAACCAAUCGUUCGAUAUGGGUGUGGCUGAUGGGCCACAGGAUGGCCAGGCAGACUCAGCUUCACUCUCAGCCUCCCUCCUUGCUGACUGGCUUGAGGGCCAUGGCAUGAACCCUGCUGACAUCGAGUCUCUGCAGCGCGAGAUCCAGAUGGAUUCCCCAAUGCUGCUGGCCGACCUGCCUGACCUCCAGGAGCCCUGAAACCCACAGCUUGUGCCUUGCUGCCAGGAGAGACCCAGCUUCAAGGUCCAGGGAUGCAAUCCAGAGGCCUGCAGCCUUGGCACUGGCAGGUGAGGCUCAGCCUGAAUUA